CACAUAUCUCACAUAUCUCAUUGUAAAGCUUGUGGCAAAUCCUUAACACUUAUAUCAGAAUGCCAAAAAUAUUGUGAGAAUUGUUUUAUAUAUUAUAUUAAAUGUAGAUAUUGUUUAACAAUAAAUAAUAUUUUUGGGCUUACAAUUCAAUAUCUAUGUAGAAAAUGCAAUAGAAAAUCUAUUGUGAAUAUUUUUAGUGGAAACAGUGAAUUAGAUGAAUUUCUCUUCAACUUAUUUCCUGACACGCAUUUUUGCGUUAAUAUGAAUGCAAAUGAGUUUAUAGACGCAGACGAGUUUAUAGGCGUAGAUGAGUUUAUAGACAAAAUAAAAAAUAUUGACAAAUAUUAUUUUCCAUCAGAAAUAAAUUUAACUAUUCGUUCUAUGUCUCAAAAAUACAUAAAUAAUCGAUCAAAAAACUUGAGGGAUCAAAUAAAAAAGUUGAAGGAUCAAUCAGAAAAGUUGAAGGAUCAAUCAGAAAAGUUAACGGAUCAAUCUAAAAAGUUGAUAGAGUGGAUAUCAUAUUCUCAAUUUACAAAUGUAGAGGAAAUAGCAAGAGGAGGAUUUGGCAUCAUAUAUUGUGCAACUAGGGAUAAAAAAAGUGUCAUUCUAAAAAAAUUCAAAAAUUCUCAAGAUACCAGCAGAUAUUUUUUAAAUGAGUUAAAAUCAAAUCAAAAUUGUUAUGAAAUUAAGCAUCAUAUUAUUAGAGUUCAUGGCAUUACAAAAGAUCCUAAAUUAGGUGAAUAUAUGUUAGUUAUGCAAUAUGCACCAGGAGGAGAUUUACAUAACUGGUUACAGAAGGAAUUUGCAGAUAUUACAUGGAAUAAAAAAAAACUAGCUAUUUUGUGGCAAAUUUCAGAAGGACUUGAAACCAUUCAUAAAGCUGAUUAUAUACAUCGAGAUUUUCAUAGUGGAAACAUAUUAUAUGAUUUAUCAAGUAUAAAAAGACAUCAAUGGCUAAUUGGAGACCUAGGAUUAUCACAACCUGCAGAUAAUACAUCGUCAAAUAAUGAAAUAUAUGGAGUGAUACCUUAUGUUGCACCAGAAAUAUUUAGGGGAUCUGCAUUUUCUAAAGAAACUGAUGUUUAUUGUAUGGGUAUGAUUAUGUGGGAACUUACAACAGGUUGUAAACCUUUUGCUAAUGUUGAACAUGAUAUCAAUCUGAUUUUUAAAAUCCUUGAUGGAGAACGACCUGUAAUUACAGAAGAUACACCAGAAUGUUAUGCAAAUUUAAUGAAAAGUUGUUGGGAUCCUGACCCCAAAAAAAGACCUUCUGCGACAGAAAUUCGUAAAACUUUUGGUAAAUGGUUUUUUAAAAACAAAAACAUCGAACCAUUUAAUCAAGCUGAAUUAAAAAGAAGAGAGUUAAUAGAAUCACAGAAACUUGGUCCUGAAUUUGCUAAAAAACCUCACCCAAGAGCUAUUUAUACGAGUAGACCACUAAGCUUUUUCAUUUCUAAAUGUUCAUCGAUUAAUUCAUCACAAGGCUAUAGUUACAUUUCAGAAGAACAAGGAUUUGAUAUAGACAUUGAAAGCAGGAAAUUGCCUACUGAGGUCAUUACAAUUCAGAAGAAGAGAAAGAAGCAAUAUAACAGGAAUUUACCACCCAAAGUCGAUUCAAAAUCGAAAUCAGGCUCUCACUUGUGUUUAAAGAAAAACCAGUUUGAACCCUAA